UCUUUUGUGUCAUUGGCCUCCCCUGCCGCUGCCACUGCCAUCUCGGCUUUGCCUCUGCGUUUGUGGGGGGAGGGAGAAAGCUGCAUGCUUUUCUUGGCCUCAUGCUUGUUCCAUGUUUGAGCAUAUAUUACACCCUUCCCUCCUCUCCAAGAGCCCUCCUCACUUGCCUGACCAGACCUGCCUCCCUUUGGCAAUGGAGGUGCCUCCAUCUUCUUCCCCCUCCCUGCUACUGCUCCUGCUGCUGCUCGUCUCCUCCCCUUCAACUUCAAGUGCCCUCCUCUCCCCCAAGGGUGUCAACUAUGAAGUGCAAGCUCUGAUGACGAUCAAGAACCUCCUCAAGGACCCCCAUGGCGUGCUCAAGAACUGGGACCAGGACUCUGUGGAUCCCUGCAGCUGGACCAUGGUCACCUGCUCGCCAGAGAAUUUUGUCACUGGACUGGAAGCCCCAAGCCAGAAUCUCUCUGGCCUGCUCUCCCCAAGCAUAGGGAACCUGACCAAUCUUGAGACUGUUCUCCUGCAGAAUAACAACAUAACUGGGCCAAUCCCAACAGAGAUUGGCAAACUUGCAAAGCUCAAGACACUUGAUCUCUCCAGCAACCACUUGUAUGGUGAAAUCCCCACCUCUGUCGGCCACCUUGAGAGCCUCCAGUACUUGAGGCUCAACAACAACACCCUGUCUGGCCCAUUCCCUUCAGCAUCAGCUAAUUUGUCCCAGCUUGUUUUCCUAGACUUGUCAUAUAAUAACCUGAGUGGUCCAAUACCGGGAUCUUUGGCAAGAACAUUCAAUAUAGUUGGGAAUCCUCUCAUUUGCAGCGCGAAUAUGGAAAAAGAUUGUUACGGGACUGCGCCGAUGCCAAUGUCCUACAACCUAAAUAGCUCACAGGGUGCUCUCCCACCGGCAAAACCUAAAAGCCACAAGUUUGCAGCUGCAUUUGGUUCUGCAAUUGGUUGCAUCAGCUUCCUCUUUCUCGCUGCUGGAUUUUUGUUCUGGUGGAGGCAACGUCGCAACCGGCAGAUCCUUUUCGAUGUAGAUGACCAAAACAUGGAGAAUGUUAGCCUUGGAAACGUGAAGAGGUUUCAGUUCAGAGAGCUUCAGUCUGCCACAGACAAUUUCAGCAGCAAGAACAUACUAGGAAAAGGUGGCUUCGGAAACGUUUACAGAGGGCAGCUCCCUGAUGGGACUCUUGUGGCGGUCAAGCGGCUGAAGGACGGCAACGCCGCGGGCGGCGAGGCACAGUUUCAGACCGAGGUUGAGAUGAUCAGCUUGGCACUGCACAGGAACCUCCUCAGGCUCUAUGGAUUCUGCAUGACUGCCACUGAGAGGCUACUGGUCUAUCCAUACAUGUCGAAUGGAAGCGUCGCUUCACGCCUGAAAGGGAAGCCACCUUUGGACUGGGUAACCAGGAAGAGGAUAGCCCUUGGGGCAGCCAGGGGGUUACUGUACCUACACGAGCAGUGUGACCCCAAGAUCAUCCACAGGGACGUCAAGGCGGCUAACAUACUGCUGGACGACUACUGCGAGGCCAUCGUUGGCGAUUUUGGGCUCGCGAAGCUCCUCGACCACCGUGACUCGCAUGUCACCACUGCGGUGAGGGGCACUGUUGGUCACAUUGCACCGGAGUACCUCUCCACCGGUCAGUCAUCUGAGAAGACCGAUGUCUUUGGCUUUGGCAUCCUGCUGCUCGAGCUGAUCACCGGCCAGACCGCGCUGGAGUUUGGCAAGGCGGCAAACCAGAAGGGAGCCAUGCUGGAUUGGGUGAAGAAGAUGCACCAGGAGAAGAAGCUAGACGUGCUGGUGGACAAGGGGCUGAGGGGCGGUUACGACAGGAUCGAGCUGGAGGAGAUGGUGCAGGUGGCACUUCUGUGCACGCAGUACCUUCCGGGCCACCGGCCGAGGAUGUCGGAGGUGGUGCGGAUGCUGGAGGGCGACGGGCUCGCGGAGCGGUGGGAGGCGUCGCAGCGUGCCGACUCGCAUAAGUUCAAGGUGCCGGACUUCACCUUCAGCCGCUGCUACUCCGACCUUACCGACGACUCGUCGCUGCUGGUGCAGGCCGUUGAGCUCUCAGGGCCAAGAUGAUUAGCAGAAGCAGCAGUUGUCGUACUUGUACAGCAUGAGGACCGAGAAUCCUCUGUAGAUUGGGAAAUAAAUGAAUCCAUACUGUAGUAACUAGAGAUGUGUAUUAGAUGAACUGUACAAAAGAAGCGCAUAAGGUUUGUACUGAUAUGGAUAUUUACAGAUUUAGUAGCUGAAGCAAUAAGACUUGUUGUAAAAGAGCUUGUAUUGAAAUAUCUUCUCUCUUUUUC